AUGACCCUUGUGGAGAUGGUGAUUUACCGCCUUGGUCUGGUGUCACUUGCUCCACUCAGGGUGAUUAUAGAGGAAGUUUAUGCUGUGUCAAUUGUCGGGCCUUUUCCUAGUGCUUUGACUGGGCCAAUUCCUCCUCAAAUUGCGCGUUUGAAGCGUCUUAAAACAAUGAAUUUGAGGUGGAAUAAGCUGCAAGAAGCCAUUCCUCCUGAAAUAGGCGAGAUCCCCAAGGAGCUUGUUAAUCUUCCUGAGCUCCGUUAUCUCCUUCUACAUGAAAACCAUUUCAUUGGACGAAUCCCACCGGAUUUGGGAACUUUACAAAACCUUCGGCACUUGGAUGUUGGCAACAACCAUUUGGUUGGAACCAUAAGGGAACUGAUACGUAUUGAGGUAUGCUUUCCAGCUCUUCGCAACCUUUAUCUAAACAAUAAUUAUCUUACUGGAGGAAUUCCAGCACAGCUGGCAAACUUGAAAAUUUUGGAAAUCUUGUAUCUCUCCUACAACAAAAUGUCUGGAAUAAUACCAUACGGACUUGCUCAUGUCCCUAGCUUAACGAACUUGUAAGUGUGUUUUCAACUUUUCAACUUUACUUUUAUGGAUGUACGAAAUAUGUUCCUCAGAAUUUCUGUUGGCUUUGUUGGAUUCUCAGAUUGACCUAUUUGUAAUUGUGUUCAUAGUCUUAUGUGUAGUUUAUGUACCACUGAAUAUGUUUGUUUUUAUGGAAUAUGUGUAUCGGAUGGGAGUGAAAAAUCUUUAUUUUAGUGAUGUAAAUCAUUUUAGCAGAUCUAAAGACACCUAGAUCUAUACGUUAGUUACUAAGUCAUACAUUGUAUUCAAUGGGCCGCCAGGAUAGCAAAAAGGAUGAAAUAGAACAACUACGUGAAUGAAUUAAACCUGAUUUUUAGUUUUUAACACUUGUUUUAAUAAAAGCUACAAAUCUGAGUCCAAAACCUCCCCUCUUCCCGCUAGAAACCUAAGGCAUAUAAUGCUCUUUUUUUCUUGUCAGAAUGAGCAAUUUUCCUCGUAGCAGUGCCUUGUUCUAUUUCACUUAAACUCUCUUCAGCAUUUAAUAGCUGGGACUCGGGAUUGCUGAAAAGCUAGUUUAAAAUGCUGUUUAAUGGUAGCAAAGUUAAGGAAGUUCAGCCUUUAUUGAUAUGAGAAAACAACUAAUUGUGAUUCUUAUUGAUACGAGUAUGCUCAUUUUUUUUGGUCAAUGGAACUUGACUUGUCCUGCAUCUAUCAAUAUCUUGGUUGUUUUCUUGAAAUGCCGACCUUAGCACGUGGAUUUAAUAUUUUAUUUCUCAUAAUAUCAGCAUUGCCAUUAUUUUACAACUUGACAAUUGUUUUGAUCUCCGACUGUAAAGCAUGUGUUUUUCUGGGAUUACUAAUCUUCUGCAGCAUGGGAUUCCAAUUGUUGGCUUCUUUUUUAGUUGGAAAUAGAUAAGAGGACUUCAAGAAUAAAACCUUGGCAUCAAUUGUUUAGUGGGAAAUUUCUUCAGCACAUCUUCCCACACGACUGAGUUUCAGGUACCUGGAUCACAAUCAAUUUACUGGGAGGAUUCCUGAUGCCUUCUAUAAGCACCCUUUCUUGAAAGAAAUGUAUAUCGAAGGAAAUUCAUUCCGGCCUGGUGUUAACCCCAUUGGUGACCACAAAGUCCUUGAAGUGUCGAACACAGAAUUCCUUUUCUAGUCAAGACAAUCAGACUCUUUUCUCUCUGUCAGCAAUAUAUGUUCUUAUUGUUAGAAAUGGUGGUAUUUUGAUGAAAGUGUUUGAAAAUCAUGGUACCACACAUAUUGUUGAUAAUACUUUAAUUUCGAAAAGUUGAAAAAAAAAUUGAAAGUCGAAUUAAAUGUCUUCAAUUACAUAUGUGGUCCUACUGCUAGUUCUCUCGUUUGUAGCCAUUACCAUUUUUUGAGGUUAAGG